GAGGAGCCCUGCCGGGGCCGCCCCCGCCCCUGCUCUCGCGAGAUGGGCGGUGCGCGGCGCGACAUCCGGGAGCGGCACAGCAAGAUGGCGGUGGAGUCGCGGGUGACGCAGGAGGAGAUCAAGAAGGAGCCGGAGAAGCCGAUCGACCGCGAGAAGACGUGCCCGCUGCUGCUGCGCGUCUUCACCACCAACAAUGGGCGGCACCACCGCAUGGACGAGUUCUCUCGCGGCAACGUGCCCUCCAGCGAGCUGCAGAUCUACACCUGGAUGGAUGCGACUCUGAAAGAGCUGACCAGCUUGGUGAAAGAAGUUUACCCAGAAGCACGGAAGAAAGGCACACAUUUCAACUUCGCAAUUGUUUUUACAGAUCUCAAGAGACCUGGCUAUAGGGUGAAGGAGAUCGGCAGCACCAUGUCGGGCAGGAAGGGCACAGAUGAUUCCAUGACAUUGCAGUCUCAGAAAUUCCAGAUAGGAGACUACUUGGAUAUAGCAAUUACUCCUCCGAAUCGUGCACCACCCCCAUCAAGCCGCAUGAGACCUUACUAAAGUCUUGCUUCUCUUUGUAUGAUUGUGUAUUCUGUUUACUCCUACUUGCUGUUCUAAAGCAGGCUUAUUUUUUUUGCUUUUGUUACUAAGCACCUGAAGACAAAGCUGAGCAUUGUAGAAGAAAGUUAACUUUUAAACAUUAACUUUUAGUUUGUUUAGAAGAAACCCCUUCAGCUGUGCCAUCAUCCUAUCCCUGACUGUUAUAGUUUGAAUAGUAAAUUAGUGUGUCCUGUGUUCUGAAGACUUCCAUGAAAUAUGACCAGGAGGAUUACAGGUGUUCUGAAGUUCUGUCUAGUUUGGAAUAAAAAUUGAUGUUAAUCCCUUGA